CCCAGGCGUCUCGCAAGUCUCGUUCACUAAGUAAGUUCAGACGGCUGUAGUGUCCGCUUCUUGUUGUUAUAAACUGGGAGGGCUAGAAUGAAAUAUGGAAGAGGUUCCUCUUAAGCAAGAUACCGAGAUCCCGCAAGUGAAGGAUGAAGACAAAAAAAGCAGCAGCCCAACGUCGAGUAGUUUCUACAACAAGCGCACCUUUAUUAUAGCUGCCAUUGUUAUAUUGGUGUUACUGAUCUUGGUCAUUGUAUUGGGAGCACUUCUUGGAGCUGAACGAGCGGAGCGCGCCCGUAAAGGUAUGGCUUUUAGGUGAUCUGGUGGUCUACUUUUGUUUAGUUAGAUGUGUAGCUUUAGAUCCAGGCAGCCUCGGUUAAACGAAUUCGUCUUCACACUACUGCUAGUUGUAAAAGGAUUUGCUAGUGGCCUUCAAUUUGUGUUUCAGACAUUCGACUCUGCUGACUCUACUGCAAAGGUGUUUUCGACAUAGUAGAGAAGGCAGAGAAACUCAAGAAAGCAACAGUUACAGGUGUUGCGGCUGUUUUGCUAAUCAUAUGUCUCAAAUUAAGCGUUUUUGCACAACAUUCGUCCGGAGAAUGUAAAUUUGGAAUUAGCUGUAGCGCUGAUGAAUAACAGUAAUUUAAGCUUUUGAAGGUCUUAUCUACAUAACUAUGCGAGAAGCUGAAAAGCAAACAACCAAGCAAGUAAGUAAACUACCCUUGUGAACAAGAAUAAAAAAUGAUGGAGAUAUCGACAAACAAGUUGACCAACAAAUCUAAACAAUUUGUAUGGUUGAUACGGCGAUGUUCACUAAGGGCGCGGGAAUUUGAUGGCUAGUACAGUGAUUGUCAUAUUUUUGUUGGGGGACCGAGAGGGGGCGAAUUUGAUCACCAAUAAUGACCCGCGGGGUUGAAUUUUUAAAAACCUAAAUCAAUUGAAGUUUGAAUGACCGGUUCAUGACCUCAUAUCAAUUAGUCAAUCACCAAGAAAAUCAAUCUUGUUUACAGAUAGUCACACUCGUCACGCGACAUACAUACAUAAUCUUUAUUUAAACACGAUAAUUUUUAGAGCUUGUGGGGUCGUGUGUUUAAGAAUUGAACUAAAACAUCCAGGAUGAAAUUUGUUCGUACUCUAAGUAUACAAAAGCAAGGGUCACCCAAUGGCGGUUCCUCCUAAAUACAGGGAAAACUCUUUUUAGGCUAUCCAGAGAUCUCUUGAAAUGCAUUCUAAGCGGCGCUAUAAAAUUUGUACCUGUUCGGUCACCCAGUAGGCCGGGAAGUUGAAUCUUUUCGAAAUUACAAGGGCUUCAGUAUUAUUUUUCCUGAAAAUUUAACAGGCAAUUUAUCUAAUUACGAAAGUGAGAAUUUUUUCUAAGUUUUUUUUUAAAGUUUCCUUUUCUGUACGAAAAAUAGUCUAACCUGGGCAAGGAAAAGAGGAAAAAUCCAACUUCAGAAAAUCGUAGGGAAUUUAUUAGUUAAGCUUCCAAAAUUCUACAUGAAUGUAAAGGUCAUCUAGAAACUUUUACUGAGCGGUCCCCAAGUAAUAGAAAAUUCUAGGAUUUAUUUGCUUCUCUGAACAGAUAUUCUACAGAAAACAUUCGUUGGGUGCCCCUAAGCAAUGAUUAUCGCGUGAAUUUGCUGUACUGCAAUUAUCAAUAAAUGGCUAAUAAACAAGACGGCGUCCAUUUUGUCCCUUGCCCUAAAAAGGGUAACAGAAUGAUUGAGGACUUUUUCCUAAACAGAGUAUGUAUUUUAGGAUUUUUUUUGUCCUAACCAUGGCCAGGUUUUCAAACGCUCAGCGGCUCACCUUUUACCCAAAUAUUGGUCCAGUACCCCCUUUCCCGGAGAAGAAAAGCUCCUAAAAUCCCCAGGGGUGGUACUCCCUUAUAUAAGCCAUAUAGGCCCCCCUAGGCUAAAAUCGUGGAAUCGAUAGCUUGGCGCAAUUUCAGUCAAGUGAACGAACGUCCAUCGAUUUAUGUUUUGUGUCCAUAGUCAUUGUGUCAGUCAGACGUUUCUCAUGACAACAGUGUCAUAAACUGUCCUUUUAAUCCUCGAUCCAUACCCUCAGUUCACCAUUCAAGUAAAACCUCUUCCGAGAAAUACUUGCAUCGAACUGACUCGAACCAAAAUCGAUUUCCCCUGGAUUUCCUUCGUUCAUUUACUGUAAUUUUACCCCAGUAACUCUUACCCUCGAUAAACUCGAACCUCCCGCUAACUGGAAGUAAUUUUUGUUUCCCCCCAGAUCAUUUCUAUACAAUUUUACCCUCGAUUACUCGAACCAUGCAGUUUUAAGCGCGUGACAAGUCGAAAAAAAACGCAAUGAAUUGCUGUCCGAAAUUUUGUUUCUUUUCUCUCAAAACAACCGUGUAUUCUUUGUCUUUAAGCUUCUUUACUUUUUUGUCCGUCCAAUUCAAAUACAAUGUUUAGUACUGCACUGCACUAAUCAAGCUUUGUUGCUUUUAAAAUGUCUUUUUUCAAAAUGUAUUAAUAUGUCUCUCUUGCUGCCCUUGAAGUGACGAGUGCAUGAUACUUGCUUUGGCUCCCCCAUUCCAUUUCCUUACUUCUGUUUAUUUGCUUCGAACUCCCGAUAACUCGAACUGUUUUUGAUUACCCUUGAAAGUUCGAGUUAUCGAGAGUCGACUAAUUUAUAGUCUUAAAUGUCAUACGUCUCCACCCUCUAACCCGUGGGGGGCGCGGGGGAGAGAGACUGAUAUUAUUAGCUCCCCCGUGCCCCCGACGGGUUAUAGGGGUAGGGACGUACGACAUUUCAAAGUGUCCACGUGCACGUGUGGUACGCAGACUGCGAACAAAAUGUUUAUUCAAACUUAACAAACGGGCUGUUUUAGUGAUUUAUUUUUAAAUAGGGAAAUCUUUAGAAAUUUCAACCAAAUUUAAUACCAAAACUCUUUGUAAGGUUUUUUGUUUCACCUCAAAAAUGCUUGAAAACAUUGCAGCUCAUAAACAGAAUUGAAGUGUGGAAUGUAACCAUAAUUACCAUAAUUACAUAUCUUGCUUAAUUGGAACUCAUGCCUUAGUCGGAACACCUUCGGAAAACUCAAAACUUGACUUUUCCCACAAUUUUGUGUCCAAGAAUUCAGCACCGAUACAAAACAUCACGAGCUGGUACCGCAGAGGGGUAAACUUGGUAGACUGUGGUGUGUUAUGUACUGAGCGGAAUUCUGAAAGAGCGCUUUUAUGAAAAGAUAUUUAGCAAUUAAUGAAUUUGGCUUUCGAAGGAUAUGAAGAAUAGUCCAGUUUCGAAUUAAAAAUUACCUCUGAAUACAAACAUUAACGACACAUUCAUACCGGGUUAGCCUCGACGUAAAGUAAAAUAUUCAGAAACUCUGGCAAGUAAGUGUUUGAAAUUUGAAUAUACACAAUAGACAGAGUAAAAAACAGAUCUUUUUCUCGUUGGAAUUUGUGAAUAUAUUACUUCAGAUGGAGGCUAAGGCUGUAAAAAAUGCGUCUUCACUUCUUUAAUUCAGCGGUCAUAGCGAACUCGAAAAUGGACUUUUAAGCAGAUCGAGGAGAGUGUUAUCCACAGAGGCUAAAACUAAAAACGAGCUAAAACCGUUUUAAAAGAUGUAGCAGAAGCAAAAUUUUGCCUUAUGAAUUUAUUCAUAGUAGGUGCCCCACCGGGCCUUAAAGUGUUUCAAAUUGCCUCAAUCAUAUUUUAAAAAAAAACGGCAUUCCUCGAAACUGUUAAAAAAUCUUCAACGACAUUAAUUUUUUACAGGGCGUAGAGGAAGAGGAGAUGGCCGUAAAGAGUCUGCUGUUGUAGCAACUUCUGCUCCUGCUCCUACCACUCCUGGUACUGAAGUGUGGUGGAAUGUUCGUCUCCCAGACAACAUUGUCCCUGAUCACUAUGACGUGGUUCUUUAUAUUGAUCUCAAGAAGCUGGUGUUCUUUGGAGAUGUAUCAAUUCUGGUGAACGUAACAAAGUCAACUGAGAAUGUACUAGUUCACGUCAAUAAGAUGAAUAUAACGCAGUCUCCAACUGUGGAGAAGGCUUCAAGCGGAGGUAAAUUGAAAGUUUUUUUUUACUGUCUCUGAUUGCAUGUUCCUGAUAAUGAUUGAAAUGAUAUGUCUUGGUUGCCCUUUUUUCAAGAUAGAAUAAUGCAACAUAUAAAUUCCCCUUGCAAGUCCUAUUUCUGGCAUCCAUACUUUUUAACUAUUAAAUGGAGAGAAACCUAGUCUUUUCCUUAUGUGAAAACCCAAACGAAGAACGUUAAGGAAGACGAGGCUUUUGCCAAGUUGCUUUCUCUUCUCUUUUUAUUCCAGAGGACAUAUCGUGGCAAUUGGUCAUUAAUUAACAAUUAAUGAAUGAGGCUGAGUAUCUUACGAAGAAUUAUGGAGAUUGAGGAGGGUGUUACGGCCUUGACGGAUAACACCCUCCGAGAUCUCCAUAAUUCUUCAUAUGAUACGAAAGCCGAAUUCAAUAAUUGUUUUAUUAUUCAUUCAAAAUAAUCCUAGUUUAAAAACAUGGCUAGCACAUGCUUACGUCCAUCAAUCCAUCGAUGUUAAGUUCAUCUUCGAUAGUGGACGUUUAGGGUUGUUCAGCUCCGCAAAUAUUCCCCAAAUAGCAGAUGUCGCCGUUCGAGUUGUCUUCUUGCUGUUCUUGCCAUGUUUUUAGUUUUUUUUUUUUUUUGCCUAUAACUAGUUCUUACUUUUGAAACGAAUGAAAUGUCCGCCAUUAUUCAAGUACACAACCAAAACAACUCAACCUCGUCCCCAGGUCUUCUCGGUUAACGGUGCAUUAACCUGCACGAACGCUGCAUUUUUGACGUCAUUUCCUCGCUAAACACAAAAUUCUUCCAAACUUGGUCAUCAGUAACUGAUUAUGGUGAAUUAAACGUGUGCUCUUAGCCAAUCAGAAUCGGGGAAAUAUUUUGAAUGAAUAAUAACAAUAGUACACGUUAAUACAAUUUUCUUUUGUUGCACUACUCGUUGUAUUAUAUUAUCUGACCAAUUAAUUUUGUUUUUUUCAUUUCCCAGCUCCACUUGAAAUACAGAGACACUUUUGGUUUGAAAAGAACCAGUUUUAUGUCAUAGUUUUGACCUCCGCUUUGGAGACAGGCCAUCAAUACAAGAUCAAGAUGAAAUUUAGGGCAGAGCUGGGUGAUGGUCUCGCUGGAUUGUACAAGAGUACAUAUACAAGAGAAGAUGGGACAGAAGUGUACGUCAAUUUCAUAAACCCUUUCACGUUUUUUAAAAACUUUUGACUGGGACCAAGGUUAGCCAAAAUACGUCAACAUGGCUAAAAAGAACGCCUUGAAAUAAGAUGCCAUUUUAAUUAGUUUGAACACGAUUUGUGGAAAACCAACGAAGAUAAGGCUCCGGAAAAACGUCGAAUAUUACAGACGUUUGUCAGGGGUGGGAAACAAGUUUGUUCCCACACCAUACAAAAGUCUGCAAAAUUUCUCGGCCUUCUGUAGCAAUAUCUUGGCCUGCUGUUCGGCACGUAUCACCGUUAAACUUGGUGAGUUUCCUAAUUUUAUGACACUGUUUCUGGCAGUGGAUAAUUACUAACUGUUCUUAAUCAAAACUUGAAAAAAAAACCGUGAAAGAAUUCAUUGUGUUGCAUUGCUUUUAAGAAAAAGGGUCUUGUUGUCAAGUUCAAGAACUUGUAUAUUGUUAUUGGCUCACAAUACUUUUGUUUAAACCCUUCAUCAGUUUCAUAAAAAGCCGCAAGUGAACACGAUGUGCACUUGUUUAUAGAAAAGUGAAAAAAGAGGCCAGGAUAAGGGCGCCAGAAAUUUGCGUCAAGAAGGAAUUAAUGUUUUUUGCCAACACGUGAAAGAAUCUGUCAUAAAAUAUUAUUUAAUCAUGAUUAGCAGCUUCAACUAAUAGGCCAUUUUACAGCUGUGUGCUUGUGCUCUGAACAAAUAGAUAAAUAGGUGAGCCUGGAGGUGCUGCAUUUCAUGUGCAAAUUGUGUUAUUCUCAUGUUAGAUGAAGAUAAUCAUGCAUUUACAUUAUUAAAAACGAGAGGGUUUGUAACAAGGUCUCCUUAGAUCUCUUUUGUUCAAACGCCAAGACACUGAGCACACACUGACUGUAAAAUGACCUAUUAGUUGAAACCAACUGAAUUUUCGCGGUAAGAUUAAAUCUGUCGACGCGUGUGUGACAUUUUCAUUGUAGAACUAUGGCAGCUACCCAGUUUCAACCUACGGAUGCACGAAGAACAUUUCCUUGCUUUGAUGAACCGGCUCUAAAAGCAACAUUUACUUUUACUUUGGUACACGAUCCAAAGUUGAUCUCCAUUGCGAACAUGCCCAUUAAGAGUACUGAGAAAAAAGAUGGCUGGCAGUUUGAUCAUUUUGAAAAAACUCCACGAAUGCCCACUUACCUAUUAGCUUUUGUGGUGUGCGACUUCGAUAAGACUACUAAAACUACUGGGCGUGGAACAAAGGUGAGCACAAUAAAAUAACAUGUUAGUUAUGUUAAUAAGAUAAGAUAUAUUUCACUAACCGCUUGUUAUAGACGAUUGUAAGCAUGCAGUUGCCAUUCCUUUCGUGAGACUGCUGGAAAAGUGAGGUCGCAUCUAAAAAUGUCCAAAAAAUCAGAAAUAUGCCUGUUGAUUUGUACCUUAUUAUAGUAUCUUGUGUUUUACUUGUCAAGGGAUUCUAGUUAGCAUGAUCUUUUUGUUGAUGAGUUAAUGAGUUAGAUCAUUUUCGUAGAUGACGUUCUAUGCUCCACGAGACAAAAUUGAUCAAGUUGAAUAUGCCAAAGAGAAUGCAGUCAUUAUGUUAGAUUACAUGGAGGAGUAUUUCAAUAUUACGUACCCUCUACCCAAAGCUGGUAAGCGUUCCUGUGUCAUUAAGUUGUACUCUUUAGACAUUCGAUAAACAGGUUCAGCUCAGCUCUUGGUAUGUAGCUACUUCGCCUUUCGUUUCAUCAGGUACAUUGGGCGACCGUAUCAUGGUAGAAAUCGAGAGGCUUGAAUGUUUUUUGUACCUGACGCGACUGUCUAGAAAAAAAAAAGUUGCAAGGUGUUUGUAUUGACCCGAAAUAGUGACAGUUAUAUUACUACCUAAUCCCCACAAUCUGGGUGCUAAUCAUGCCAGUGCAAAGCUGCUUUUAAUAUAACCUCUUCAGCAUACACGCACAUUUUGUUAUAUUGUUCUAUUCCUGAUACUUCUGAAUCGGGCGCAAAAGCAAAAACAGAAAAUAAAAACAAACAGUAAACAAAAAGAUACAACGCGUUGAAGGGGAAAGAAAAUACCGAAAAGAACGAGAGGACAGUAAGAAUUGAGAUGGUAGAAUUUUUCACAAAACACUCCUUACCGCGUUUGGCAUUGUUUUUAUAGCCAUUAUUCUUAGUAGUAACACAGUGCAUACUUUUAACUACAUUUGUGUCUGCAAGGAUAUUACUUCCGAAAGAAGCAAACAUUAAGUGAAUCGUAAAAUACUUCCUCCGUGACUCAGUCAUGAACUGCUUAUUUACUCAAAUGCAUGAGUUUAUCAUUUUGUUUAAAAGUUACUCACUGGCAGAUUCUCAAAAGUAUCUAAUUUUGAACAUAACUUCCAUUUUGCGUGACGCCUAAAAUCAGGGUCAGUUAAAAUGCGGCACCUGUCAGUUAUCUACUAAUGUGAUGUAAACUCCGCCUUUUAAUUGAUCCAUUUUGGCCAGGUGUCCAAAAUGCAGCGCUUUUAUUGGUUGAGUUCCAAAACAGCCUCUUCUCUUCUAUAGUUUUAAGAACUUUUUUCAUAUGGCUUCGUAUUAUGUUUUUGCAGAUAUGGUUGCCCUUCCUGACUUUGCCUUCAGUGGCAUGGAGAACUGGGGAAUAAUAAUGUAUCGAGAGGCAGCCUUGCUUUACAAACCUAACGCUUCGUCAGAAGCUAAUAAGCAGCGCACAGCUGGCAUUUUAUCACACGAACUUGCUCAUCAGGUAUGCUUUUUCACUCUUGACUUACUGUCAAGGAGAAGUCUCAUUGUUCUUCUUUUGCUGCAGAAGAUACUUCUAACUCACGGCAAAACAAACUUGUUAUGCUCUAAGGCGGAAUGGCAAAGUGUAUCAAAAUAUGUGUUCAAAAAGUAGGAAAACCAGGCGUUUCAAUGGUGCUCCAUCUUGCUCAGUUGUUUUAAACAGUAACAAUUGCUUUUAAUCCGCUGAAGAAGAGGGAGCACCCUUGAAACAUUUAGGUAAACAUUGCGAUUCUCUCGAUUAUUUACGUUUCACAGUUUCUUCAAAACUUUUUGUAAGUCUCCAAGACGGUUCAGUUAAGUAGUAGCCCAAAUUUCAGUGAACGACUUGAGUGGACGGCUGCGUCAAGUGAAACCCAAAGCUCGUUUUACAGGCGAAUAUAACGUAUAACAAUGUCAAAUGGUAAAACUUUUCGGCAGCAAAAGAAAAGUAGUUCAAAAUUGCUUAUUUCGUAGAGCUGGUAUGUAUGGUGCAUAUGACUGUCCUUCGUUUAAUUUUGGUUUCAGUUUGGGCUUCAUGACUCUAGUGUACAUCACCCAUCAGCAUGCCACUUUCAUGUAACUUGUAGUCAUGAUUAAACCACGUCAUUUUCUUUCUACAGUGGUUUGGCAACUUGGUUACUAUGGCUUGGUGGGAUGAUCUUUGGCUGAACGAAGGAUUUGCCAGCUUUGUCGAAUUUUAUGGAGUCGAUGAAACAGAACCUGAGUGGAAAAUGGUAACCGAUGUCUCCAAAAUGGCAUUAAUCAGUUACUGCAAUUAAAGAUGCACAUAAAAUUCUAACAAGUUUAAAGUGGUUCCCUUUUGAUAACGGAAGGGACGGGCCGGGUUAUCAUUAAAACAGUUAUAAACGUCUUGGAAAUAGCAGGCUUCCAAAGAUGUUUCUAAAUAACCCAAUGAAAAACGAAAAACGAUUAAAACAAAGAAACAGUACUUGUAAAUAAGUUACCAUUAGAAAUGAGGUUCACGACCGAUAAGCAGGACUGAUUCACGAUGAUAAACUGAUUACAGAAAAAUUGCGCUUUGUGCCUGAAACCGUACAAUAAUUGCCACCUGGCAAAGGCAACUGAAAUCGGGCUCUGGUAAUCUGGUAAAAUAACCCGUCCCUACAUAGCAACAAUCCACUUAACUCUCGGACGUACACGCAAAUUCAUACCCCUCGCCGUGGUACGAGGGGGUUGGGUGUGGUGGUUGAUAUGUUGCAGUAUUUCGAAACGAUUUUACUCUCACUGGAAAGCCUUUGAUCUUCUCAACAAGAUGAGGUAUAUUUUAAGGGUGGUGGCGCUGCUGGAGGCCUGUGACGUCACCAAACAGGGUCGCCGACUUGGAUUUUACCAAGAAUUAGAAAUCAGGGACAAACCGCGUGAACUGGUAAUUUUUUGAGCUUGACAUGUAAAAUAACACGCAACUAAGUGCUUUGCACCACUUUAUCCUGAAGCGUCACUUUUAUUGUUGAAAGAAGUAAAACGUAACUUGCUUUUUCUCUCCGGCAAAAAUGGCUUCACUACCUGCUAAUUACGACACCAUAUCUUGCAACCAUAGUAACUGUCCAUCACUAAACUUGGCUGCAAAAAAAUGCGGGGGAUAGACGAACAGCUACUGAAAACGUCAGGUGAUGAUGUUUUAUCGUCUAGGAAAAAUCUUAGAAAAACCUAAGAGGCGGGUGGUAGCCACCCCCCUUGUACGUCCGAGGGUUGAACCAUAGAGAAUAGAAACUACAGUAGUUAGUACAGAGAAUGGUUUGUAGAAGACGUUUUUUGUUCUUUUCCUUCAGCUGGACCAAUUUGUAGUUAUAGACAUGAUGUUGGCAUUUACACUGGAUGGUUUGGCGAAUUCUCACCCAAUCAGGGUUCCUGUGAAUCAUCCGGAUGAAAUCAAUGAGAUAUUUGAUUAUAUCUCAUACAACAAGGUCAGUUGGUUGUUAUUUGAAUCUUCUGCUUCUUGUAUUGGAUGUUUAUUUGACCAUUAACCCAAACUUUACUUAGAUACAGUUGGUAAUUUUUGCUCAGUGUGAUUCUCAUCAAUCUGUAAAUUUUGAUGAGGAAGUUUGGCUUGGGCAAGAGAGCGUGAAUUUUACUUAU